UGCGAUCAUCUCAUCCUCACUCAAUUCCAGAAAUCAACGAUUAUAAUAAAUCAGGAAGCAUCGGUUCUCACUCAAUUCCAACUCCCGCGGGCGGGCGACAUUUCAUCGACCCCUGUUGAUUCCAGUGACUGGCGAUCCUCUGUUAGACCAGCGAAGUUCAAUUCAUCUAUCAAAACCCUCCCUCCUUAGCUUGGUAAAUUGAAAUCUUUAACCCCUUUUUACUGAGAUCUGUUUUGUAUCUUUUGUUUUUCUUUUCAAUCGAUAUAUUAUCUCUGGGAUUUCCCCCCCUCUGAGCGUCUGGUUUGAUUUCGUUUCUCACUUGCCAUCUUUGUCUUGGUAAUGCCUGUUGCUGCUGCUUCACAGGCAGCUCUGCGAAGCAACAAUCACAGAGUAAUUUAAUAGAUAAAAGCAUCGGAUACUCCAUCAUCAGUGUGUGUUUUCUCAUCUCUUUAUCACAGACCUUCUCCCACAGUACGAAAAUGCAUGGUCGUCCUCGCAAAGCCUCAACACCAGAAGAUGAGAAGUCUUCGGCUCUCAAAGCUGCUAAGCUUCGCUCUCUCCAAACUCAGUUCCUUCAUUUUCAUCACGACAAAGUUUACACGAAAGAAGCCCUAGAUUUGAAUGCGAAGCUUCUGGAGGCCAAUCCCGAGUAUCUCACUGCUUGGAACUACAGAAAACUGGCUGUUGAACACUUUCUUAAUCAAUCCGAGGCCGAUCCGGACUCCAUUAAAUCAAUUUUCAGCGAAGAAUUGAGAUUGACAGAGUGUGCAUUAACUAAAAACUGCAAGUCUUAUGGAGCCUGGUAUCAUCGUAAAUGGGUCCUAAGCAAGGGCCAUUCAUCUAUAGAUCGUGAACUACAGCUUCUGAGGUUCUUUCUGAAGAAAGAUACUAGGAAUUUCCUUGCUUGGGAUUACCGGAGAUAUGUAGUAGCAUUGAAGAAUAUAUCUGAUGAGGAAGAACUACAGUUCACAACGGAUAUGAUAAAUGACAAUUUCAGUAACUAUUCUGCAUGGCAUAACCGUAGCGUGCUUGUCUCUCAUUUAUUGGAGAAAAGGGUUCAAGGAUUUUUCCCCAAGGAGAAGGUCCUGAUGGAUGAGUUAAACCUUGUACAUCAAGCUAUUUUUACUGAUCCAGAUGAUCAAAGUGGAUGGUUUUAUCAUCUUUGGCUUCUGGAUCAGACAGUCAAAGUGGAGGCACCAUUGUUGGUUUCUACCUGGCCACCUCCUGGUUCUAAUCUCAGUGUAUCAGUGGAUGGGUGUCUGGAUUCUUGUGCUUCAUCUCCAAUGACAAGUUUCCAGCUUAAUACUGGAUCAAUUCCACUCAUUUUAUAUUUUAGUGAAGCAGUUGAAGGUGUUAAUGAAUCCACAGUUUCUGUGGAAUCUGUGUAUGAGGCCAAUGAAGAUCUAAUCUGGAUGCCACUUUCAAUAAUUAACUCUGGGAGUGCCAGAGCCUGGGUAACUCAUCUGAACUUUCCAAAGGGGAAGCUCCAUUCUUUACAAGCCAAUCCAGUAAAGGUCAGCAUAGGAUAUUCUCAGGGCAUUGCAUCUCUGAGUGGUUUUCACCAUAGCCAUGCUACUCAUUUUGAAUUUACUGUUUGUGUGCAAUCUCCCAGUUCAAAAUGUGCUGAUGUGCCAAGUUUAGGGAAGAUAUCAUGGGGAUUAGAAAAUUUUCAUAUUUGUGAAACGCAUAUUCAAGAAUCAACCCAAAUCAAACUUUCUGAUCAUUCAACAGCUUAUAAAUGGAGUGAAGAGGCCAUAGCUAAUGAGAUAGCUCUUUUUCGGGAAUUGCUGUCAGAGACAAACUGUAAAAUUGGAAGGCUUACACUUGCAAGAUUGUUGAAGGCACAUGAUGCAUUGACAUCAUGCAACAAGACUCCAGAUACUAACAAAUUUAUCCACACUGAAGAAGUUUUAGAAUUGUAUAAUGAUCUGAUGAAAUUGGACCCGCGGCAUUCUCAAUUCUACAUGGAUGAAUACAGCUUGGUCUCACUGCAGCAGGUGACUUCAAGUCUGGAACUUUUGCGCAGUCAUUGCUACCUGUACAAGGAUUCCUCAUUUUCAAACAACAAGAGUUACAUUUGUCUUAAACUAUGCAACCUUUCAUUAUCACGAAUGGGAUCUAUCGAAGAAUUAUUAUGGGUCCAAAUGCUAGAUCUUAGUCACAACCAGCUUUCUUCAAUUGAAGGGUUGGAGGCUAUGCAACUUCUUGUUUGCUUGAACCUCAGCCACAACAAAAUCCGAAACUUUUCUGGUUUGGAGCCUUUGAAACUGCUGAAAUCGUUAGAGGUGUUGGAUAUCUCGUACAAUGAGAUUGGCGCGCACAUGGUUGACACAAGACGCUACUUAUGUGCGUCUCCCUUCUCCCACAGGACAGGAGGAAAUGGUGGGAAGUUUAGCGAAUUUGCAAGGGACGAUGUCAAUUUGACAAAGUACUGGGAAGCUUAUUCACUAUUCAAAGACUCGAAGUUGAGGCAAAUAGACAUAGCUGGGAAUGUGGUGGCAGAAAAUGAGUUCAAAUCGUUCCUGGUGAAACUGCUGCCUUCACUCAAGUGGCUUGAUGGUGAGGAAGUGAAGCAGCAACAAAAAUGAUACUUUAAAAUCAGGUUUUUCUUUUCUUUUUCUUGCUCUUUGCCUUCUCUUCCAUAUAUACUUUGUUACACAGUCAUCUGUAGCAUGUUUUCAUAUGUUCUAUAUAUCAAAGAACACUGCCACUAUUAUUUAAGUUCAACAAUGACAGGUCAGUGCUCAAGGAUCCUCCUAGUUUGUGUCCUAAUAUUGAAAUUUUCUAGUUUUCUUGUGUGUUUUUGAGAACUAUCCACCUAACAACUAUAUUAUUAUACAAGCAUUUCCCGGUUCCUGUUUUAUGUUCA